AUGGUGGCCGAUUUAAAGCUGGAUAAACUUACGCUCGAGGGAAAAGUCGCAGCGCUGAACAAGGAGAUCGUGAAAACUCUCGGACUUCAGGGUAUGGCUGACCAGCUUAGAUCUCGAGUGGGCGAUUUGGAAGAGAGGGCUCGUCGGGAUGCAAAGGCUUCUGCUGCUGAGAUGGAGCGUCUCCGACGGUCUCGUCGAGAAUCGGUCGAGGCGGCUGUUACUCAGGUCUUUGACUCGGUGAAUGACUGGUAUGCUCCUCGCCUCCAUCGCUUGUCAGGAUUCGUCGCGCAGCGGGACGUGGUUGAAGCCGCCGUAGGGAGGAGGCAGGUCGACGAAGCUCUCCUUGACUUUGUGAAGAAGAUCCGGGGAGUGGACCUGAACUUCGACGCGAUGGAGGAGAAGCUCGCGGCCAAGCUGGCGAAGAGUAUCGCGGAUGGGAUGCGAUCGACGAAGUUGUUAUCGAUGAUGAUGACUUCUCUCCGCCUAACAGGUAAGGUUUUACUUCUUCUUUUUUGUUAUGUCGUGCUUUGCGUAGCGUAUGUUUGCUUAUGUAUGUUUUGCUUUUGUAGCCUUAAACGGCUGGUGCUGCCGGGAUCUCCUUCUCGUCGAGACGGUGAUGGUGCUGAUCCGGGUGCGGGACCUUCUACUUCUGGGGCCAAGUCUGCUUAG